CCAGCGCCACGAUGCCUCGUGGUGGUUCGAGCGCUGCGGCUCCGCCCAAGUCCGGCACGGCGGUGGCCUCCAAGCCGAGUCGUAGCUCGGCGACGCUGCCGACCCGGCCGAAGAAGCAGGAGAUUGACCCCAGGACUAAGAAGCCCAUUGUCGAUGCCAAGGGAAAUCCCAUCUAUGAGUAGGAGGAUCAGUCCCGAACUCGGUAAUGAUGUGUUUUGUCCGCUACCCUGGCGGUAUGCGCUGGCUGAGACGAACAGGGCGUUUAGUCUUGAAUACUACCUAGGCUAAACGAGUAGUUAAGGAAAAGAAAUAAGAGGUAGUGACUGGAAUUCCUUCGUAGAGACACUGUUAGUUUAGCUUUUAUAAGUGAGUUGGUCAGUGCUGAAAUCAGCCCCUAACUCUCUCUAAGAGUUGAGGGCUUGGUUUGGACCCGCCCAACCAACCGGUAUUAUC